CAUUUUUUUUCCUGUGGCUGAAACUCAGGUCUGGAAUAUGAGGGGGGGCAUUUUGUGCCAAACGGGAGGAUAAAAUAAUUCAAAACAGAUACCACUUAUUCCUGCAGACAUCAGAAGGCAAGAAGAGACGCGGGACAUCCUCACUUCCCCCAUGUUGCAGGUGUUUCCCCUUGGUGUUGAAAAUGUUCAGGAGUAACAGUCCCUUCGGCAAUGACGAAAGCAGCUAUGCAGGAUCUGUCCAGUCUACUGGUUAUUCUACGAUGGACGAGGUUUCCUCCCAGGCAUCAGGUCUGUCCAAGCCCAGUGCCAAGUCAAUCUACCUGCAAAGAAAGGACUACGCAGCGUCCAUAAACCAGAUGAUGGACCGUUACCAGUACAGAGUGGAGCACCUGUUCACGUGUGAGCUGGACGGGGCGGAGCUGCAGAACGUGGCGGGCUGCGUGGAGCGGCUGAAGCUGCUGGAAGGUAUGGGCCGCGUCUGGGGCCAGGACAUGCUGCUGGAGGUGAGGGGAGACCGCCUGCUCCUGUCCGACACCGAGACCAAGGAGGAGCUGGAGUCUGUGGCGCUCAGCAGCAUCAAGGAGCUCCGCGCGGUGCUGGACAGCGAUGUGUUCAGCUCCCUGCUGGUAGCGUCGAUGCAGGACCACCAGAACACGACCACCAGCGUCUUCCUGUUCCAGUGUCAUGAGCUGAGGGCAGACUACAUUGAAAGGGGCCUCUCAAGAGCACUUGCACGCAAGCCAGAGGAUCUUGGCCCCAGCGGCUGCCCGGUAACAGCAGCAGGACCCGAGCUUGUGAAGAAUCCUUCAUGGAAACCCCCGGAUGAGGCCGGGUCAAAAUGGAGCGCUCCCGACUACGAAGUGGAUGACCCGCCCACACCUGUGCUAGCUACGACCCGGGAGGAGACCACGCCUCCAAAACAGGAACCGCCGCCGCCGCCGGAGUCCUCCACCGCCGAAGAAGAACCUGCGGCACCGCCACGUGCAUACACAGAGCUUGACAGAAAUGUGGACAUCUUGAAUCAUAUCUUCAGUGAUCUUGAAAUCAUAAUGGGGCAGUUAGCGGCCACAGAUGCCAAAGAUGAAAAGAGGAAAAAGAAGAAGAAGAAAAAGGACAAAGCUGCAGAGGACAUGCCAUCUACGGAGGAUGUUGCAACCUGUCUCCAUAAAAUCAAAUACGGUUUCAAUCUUCUGGGGCUGCUCAAUGGGGAGAUCAGUAACCCCAGUGCCCCCGAACUAGUGCACCACCUCUUCUCCACCCUGGCAUUUCUGGUGUCCCACUGCUCCAAGGACUUGCCGCCCACCAUUGUGGCACCUCUGCUGACACCCUUGUGUAUCCGCCUUCUGAGCGACGAAGCCACCACUGAGGAGGACAAGCUGUGGCAAUCCCUGGGAGACCCCUGGAACAUCCCGAGUACCAAAUGGCCCGAGGAUGACGAGGACAUCCCUACUUUUACUCUGGAGUUCACUGACGGCUGGCGGGCCCCUGAGGUGACGGAGACGCCGCCGUCCAGAGAGGCUGCAACCAGGCAGGCCGCUCAGCGCCCUGCUACCCGUCAGGCCGCUCAGUUCCCUGCUACCCGUCAGAUAUCAGCCCAGAUGACGCCACCGCCACCACGCCCAGAUGACCCCAUCCCCACUUACGUGUGUGUUAUGUAUGACUUCACCGCGAGGAACCACCUGGAGCUCAGCAUCACGAAGGGGGAGGUGGUUGAGUUGCUGGACGUGUCAAAGCAGUGGUGGAAAGUGAGGAACACCGAAGGGCAAGUGGGUUAUGUGCCCAAUAACGUCCUGGAAUCUGCGGAGAAGGCACCGAAAGAGGAGGAGACUCCCGCCACCUACGUUUUAACCAAGAGGUCCAAGCCUGCAGAGGUAAAGGCCUGGCUGGAGUACAAGGGCUUUAGUAACAUUACGGUGCGUUGCUUAGGCAUAGUUGGCGGCUCGGUGCUGUUGGAGAUGACCAGGGAGGAGCUGAAGGCGGUGUGUCCAGAGGAGGGAGGUCGAGUCUUCUUCCAGCUGCAGGCAGCCAAGUCUGCCAUGGCUGUAAGGGACAACUACGCGCUUGCCAGCGAGGGGAGAUCAUGAGUUCCUUGGGAUAACGUGCAGAGGAAGACCGAAGAAGAAUGAAGAACUAAACGAACCGUAAAACUAGUUAAGAGCCAAAGACAUGUUUGACCAGUUAGGUUUUUUGGAGCUCGGCCCAAACACCUAUCCUCCAUCUUUUAUUCAUGAUGCAUGUGAAAACUUAAAAUCCAACACUAUAUAUAUAUUUAUACUAUAUCACUGUAAAAUGUAUUAUGAUUGAUGUGGACGGAAUGUUAGCAGUAGCCACCAGAAUAUAUUAAAAUACUGCAGUGAAUACAUUAAAUUGGUCAGAUCUUGCUUAGUGAAUGGCUUA